AUAAUAAUAAUAAUAAUAAUGAUAAAAAAAAUAUUUAUUGAUAUUUGGGUCUUCCAUUUGUGCCUGACGCAAGCUGAGAAUGGAGGAGUUUGAACGAAGAAAAAAGUGGCAUUGAGAUUGAGGGCUUUUCUUCUUCAUCUUCCAUCUCCUCUUCCUCGGACAUACCAGAACAAAAGGAGCAUCAAAAUGAAGACUUCUUUGAGGAAGUUGAGGGGUUUUGGACUGCAUAAGCACGAACCUAGGGACCGUAUAGAUCUUCGUCCUUUGGCUCAAUUGGAUGAGCUUGCUCAGGCUUCUCGGGACAUGGAAGAAAUGAGAGACUGUUAUGAUAGCUUACUUUCUGCAGCUGCCGCUACAGAAAAUAGUGCUUACGAAUUCUCAGUCUCGUUACAAGAAAUGGGUGCAUGCCUUCUUGAGAAAACCGCCCAGAAUGAUGAUGAAGAUAGUGGCAAGGUUCUGCUAAUGCUCGGAAAGGUGCAAUUUGAGCUCCAGAAACUUGUUGAUCGAUAUCGCUCUCAUAUUUCACAAACAAUAACACGCCCAUCUGAAUCUCUUUUGAAUCAACUUCGAACAGUUGAGGAGAUGAAAAGGCAAUGUGAUGAGAAAAGGGAAGUAUAUGAGUACAUGAGACAGAGGCACAAGGAGAAGGGGAGGUCAAAAACUGUCAAAGGAGAAAGUUUUACAUUGCAACAGUUGCAAACAGCCCGAGAAGAAUAUGAUGAUGAGGCAACAUUGUUUGUUUUCCGGUUGAAAUCUUUGAAGCAAGGACAGUCUCAUAGUCUUCUCACACAGGCUGCACGUCAUCAUGCUGCUCAGCUGUGUUUCUUCAAGAAGGCACUUCAAUCUCUUGAAGCAGUGGAACCACAUGUUAAAUCACUGACAGAGCAGCAGCACAUAGAUUACCGGUUCAGUGGACUGGAAGAUGACAACAUGGAUGAUGGACAUCAUGAUAGUGUCGAUGAUGAUGAUGAUGGCUAUGAUGAGGGUGAUGAUGGGGAACUAAGUUUUGAUUAUGCGCAAAAUGAUCAUGAUCAAGCUAUUUCAACAUUACGGAAUUCAGAGUUGGACCAGCCAGAUCUUACAUUUCAUCAUGUGGAAGCUUUGAAGGAGAAUCUGGACAGAAAUCGUAGGAAUUCCUUUUCCUUUGGUGGUAGAACAGUAAGUCAGUCUGCUCCACUUUUUCCUGAUAAAAAAUUUGAUGCUGCUGAAAGAAUAAGACAGAUGCAUCCUUCAUCAACUCGGAAGUUUCAUACAUAUGUUCUACCGACCCCAGCUGAUACAAAGGGUUCAAUUUCUGGGGUUCCUGGAAAUCCUGUGCCUAGUACCAUACAGACAAUACGUCAGCAAAAUUUAUUGCGGCACUCGUCACCAUUGGAACCAAGGAAGUACGACAAGUUAGUGGGAGAUGAAAAUAUGGCAGGACAUGGUGCUGCAAAGGCGCAGUCUAUACUCAAGGAGAAUAACAACACUAACGCAUCAUCCACUCAGCUGCCUCCUCCUCUGUCUGAUGGUUUGCCACGGCACAGUUUAGCUGCUGCUUCUGAUGCUAAAAAAAUUAAGAGACUAGCCUUUUCGGGCCCUCUAAUAGGUAAGCCAUCAACUAACAAGCCUGUUCCAGUCGAAAACCCUCAGUUGUUUUCAGGACCUCUCUUACGAAAUCCAAUACCACAACCUUUGUCAUCAUCACCAAAAGUGUCCCCAGUUGCUUCCCCUACUUUUAUUUCCUCACCUAAAAUAAAUGAGCUCCAUGAGCUUCCUAGGCCUCCUAUUAGUUCAACAUAUAAGUCGUCAAGACCUUCAGGUUUAAUUGGUCACUCAGCUCCUUUGGUAUCCAAAAGUCAAGGACAAUCUGCUGCAACUAAAGUUGUUGUAAGGAGUGCGGCAUCUCCAUUGCCAAUUCCUCCUCUCCAAACCAUCACACGUAGUUUCUCCAUUCCAUCCAGGAGUCCUAGGGAGACAGAGACCUUAUUUCACGAGCCGAAACCUUUGGAAACUGUUCGAUCUGCUGAAAUGGUAUUAGACACAUCUUCACCUCCCUUAUCACCACUUACCUUAUCUAACAACCAGAGUCAUACGUCAACAGGUUCAGAGAAUGGUCCUGCAGUUAAAGGUGCAGACUGAGGAAGCCUUAUGUGGAUAUUAUAGUCUGUCGAUUGAAGAAAAAAAUGGUCGGGGCCAAAGGUAGUCAUUUCCAACCAUCUUCGAGCACAGGUCUUAUGUUGUAAAUAAUUCCUCAUCAAUUCUGUUCUCGUUUCAUGGUGACCCUUUGGCACGUAAUUAAUUAAAUAAUUGCCAUUGCGUUCAUCACCGAACGAGUUUUGUAUCUCCUCAAGCAAUUAAUGGAAAAAAAAGAACCACCCCCAGCAAAGGAAAAAAAAAAAAAAAGAACCCAGAAUAACAAAAAAUGAUUUUCCCUUCCAAUUUUGUACCCUUUAGUUUAUAUUUUCUAGGUUGAGAAAUCAAUGCUCCAAAAUGUUGAAUGUAUUGUGAUUUUCUUCUUUCAUUCAUGGAUCAAGUAACCUUUCUUCAAUUGAUAUGGGAAGGAUUGUGUAUACAAAUUCCUCAUUAGAUGCUACUUUUAUUUACAGUUAACCUGUAUUACUGGUAUUUUAGUUGUA